AUGGCUCGAGGGAUAUGUAUACUCCUCUUAGUAGUGGUUGCGGCAGUUUCCACAUCCGGGUACAGUAGUUAUGGAAGUUAUGGUCCUAAAGUAUAUAACAGAUAUCCUAUUUACAAAAGCGUCGUAAUCCGACAGUCGAGCCAUCAUGGUUAUCAUGGAUUGUCAUUCUACAAAAAGUACCAUGGAUUCAAGAUAAGCCAUCGCAGAUUUUCUUACCAUGGACUAGGGUACAAACUGAGAUGUGGAAAGAGCCGUUUUUACCGACUGUGGAGACGUUGUUAUGGCAAAUACCAUAGCAGAAAUCGUUGUUUUGGAGUAUUUAGAAAACGACAUCUCUUUAGAACUUAUAAAGGUCAUGGAUAUGGAGGAGAUUAUCUUAGUUAUUAUAAAAAAUACCAUGGAUUCAAACUCAGCCACAACAGAUUUUUCUACGGCGGUCAUGGGUACAAAUUGAGAUGUUCAAGGAGGCGUUUCUACAGAAGUUGGAGGAGCUGUUACACAAGAUACCAUAGUAGAAGUACUUGCUUUGGAUAUCUGAGGAAAAGACAUCUGUUUGGAAUUUAUCAUAAAGGUAGCUCAUAUGGUGGCGUUUUUGGUGGAUACAGUCUAGGGAAAUAUAGCUAUGGUUAUUACAGGAGCCAUCAUGGAUUUAAAAUAACACAUAAUAGAUUUUUGUAUCAUGGAAUUUCAUACCAACUGAAAUGUAGCAGCAGUCGGUUCUACAGACUAUGGAGUAAUUGCUAUGAUCAGUAUCAUAGUGUAGGUGGCUGUUUUGGACGACUUAGAAGCCAAAAUCUGUUCUAUAAAUACGUUGGAGGUAGCUCAUAUGGUGGCGUUUUUGGUGGAUACAGUCACGGAAAAUACAGCUAUGGUUAUUACAGGAGCCAUCAUGGAUUCCAAAUAACACAUAAUAGAUUUUUGUAUCAUGGAAUUUCAUAUCGACUGAAAUGUAGCAGCAGCCGGUUCUACAGACUAUGGAGUAAUUGCUAUGAUCAGUAUCAUAGUGUAGGUUGCUGUUUUGGACGACUUCGAAGACAAAAUCUGUUCUAUAAAUACGUUGGAGGUAGCUCAUAUGGUGGCAUUUUUGGAGGAUACAGUCACGGGAAAUACAGCUAUGGUUAUUACAGGAGCCAUCAUGGAUUCCAAAUUAGACAUAACAGAUUUUUGUAUCAUGGAACUUCAUACCGACUGAAAUGUAGCAGCAGCCGGUUCUACAGACUAUGGAGUAAUUGCUAUGAUCAGUAUCAUAGUGUAGGUGGCUGUUUUGGACGACUUAGCAGACAAAAUCUGUUCUAUAAAUACGUUGGAGGUAGCUCAUAUGGUGGCGUUUUUGGUGGAUACAGUCACGGGAAAUAUAGCUAUGGUUAUUACAGGAGCCAUCAUGGAUUCCAAAUAACACAUAAUAGAUUUUUGUAUCAUGGAACUUCUUAUCAACUGAAAUGUAGCAGCAGCCGGUUCUACAGACUAUGGAGUAAUUGCUAUGAUCAGUAUCAUAGUGUAGGUGCCUGUUUUGGACGGCUUAGAAGACAGCAUCUGUUCUAUAAAUACGUUGGAGGUAGCUCAUAUGGUGGCAUUUUUGGUGGAUACAGUCACGGGAAAUACAGCUAUGGUUAUUACAGGAGCCAUCAUGGAUUCCAAAUAACACAUAAUAGAUUUUUGUAUCAUGGAAUUUCAUACCGACUGAAAUGUAGCAGCAGCCGGUUCUACAGACUAUGGAGUGAUUGCUAUGAUCAGUAUCAUAGUGUAGGUUGCUGUUUUGGACGACUUAGAAGACAAAAUCUGUUCUAUAAAUACGUUGGAGGUAGCUCAUAUGGUGGCAUUUUUGGUGGAUACAGUCUGGGGAAAUACAGCUAUGGUUAUUACAGGAGCCAUCAUGGAUUCCAAAUAAGACAUAACAGAUUUUUGUAUCAUGGAACUUCAUACCGACUGAAAUGUAGCAGCAGCCGGUUCUACAGACUAUGGAGUAAUUGCUAUGAUCAGUAUCAUAGUGUAGGUGGCUGUUUUGGACGACUUAGCAGACAAAAUCUGUUCUAUAAAUACGUUGGAGGCAGUUCAUAUGGCGGCGUUUUUGGUGGACACAGUCUAGGGAAAUACAGCUAUGGCUAUUACAGAAGCCAUCAUGGAUUCCAAAUAAGACGUAAUAGAUUUUUGUAUCAUGGAACUUCAUACCGACUGAAAUGUAGCAGCAGCCGGUUCUACAGACUAUGGAGUAAUUGCUAUGAUCAGUAUCAUAGUGUAGGUGGCUGUUUUGGACGACUUAGCAGACAAAAUCUGUUCUAUAAAUACGUUGGAGGUAGUUCAUAUGGCGGCGUUUUUGGUGGAUACAGUCUAGGGAAAUACAGCUAUGGUUAUUACAGGAGCCAUCAUGGAUUCCAAAUAAGACAUAAUAGAUUUUUGUAUCAUGGAACUUCAUACCGACUGAAAUGUAGCAGCAGCCGGUUCUACAGACUAUGGAGUAAUUGCUAUGAUCAGUAUCAUAGUGUAGGUGGCUGUUUUGGACGACUUAGCAGACAAAAUCUGUUCUAUAAAUACGUUGGAGGUAGUUCAUAUGGCGGCGUUUUUGGUGGAUACAGUCUAGGGAAAUACAGCUAUGGUUAUUACAGGAGCCAUCAUGGAUUCCAAAUAAGACAUAAUAGAUUUUUGUAUCAUGGAACUUCAUACCGACUGAAAUGUAGCAGCAGCCGGUUCUACAGACUAUGGAGUAAUUGCUAUGAUCAGUAUCAUAGUGUAGGUGGCUGUUUUGGACGACUUAGCAGACAAAAUCUGUUCUAUAAAUACGUUGGAGGUAGUUCAUAUGGCGGCGUUUUUGGUGGAAACAGUCUAGGGAAAUACAGCUAUGGUUAUUACAGGAGCCAUCAUGGAUUCCAAAUAAGACAUAAUAGAUUUUUGUAUCAUGGAACUUCAUACCGACUGAAAUGUAGCAGCAGCCGGUUCUACAGACUAUGGAGUAAUUGCUAUGAUCAGUAUCAUAGUGUAGGUGGCUGUUUUGGACGACUUAGCAGACAAAAUCUGUUCUAUAAAUACGUUGGAGGUAGCUCAUAUGGUAGCGUUUUUGGUGGAUACAGUCAUGGGAAAUACAGCUAUGGUUAUUACAGGGGCCAUCAUGGAUUCAAAAUAAGCCAUAAUCGAUUUUUAUAUCAUGGAGUUUCAUACCGACUGAAAUGUAGCAGUGGCCGGUUCUACAGACUAUGGAGUGACUGCUAUGAUCAGUAUCAUAGUGUAGGUGCCUGUUUUGGACGACUGAGAAGACAACAUCUGUUCUAUACAUACGGUGGAGGUCAUUAUGGAGUCGGAUUAAAUUAUUUGUACAAGCACAAAAAGAUUGCCAAUUACCAUGUGAAUAGAAUUCAUCAUGUAGCCAACAAACAUGUUGCCAGCAUAUCACACUUAUCUAACAAACACGAACGUAAUAUUGCUUACCAGGCUGAAAAACAUGUUCACAGAAUUUCAAGCGUGGCCAAUAAACACAUUAAUAGAUUUAAAGCACUCGUAGAUUUCCACAUAAAUAGACUUCACCAACACACAAAACAUCAUCUUUCAGCUCUUGAAUACCAACAUAAAAGACAUUUGAAUGAACGCGAGUAUCAGAACAAAAAGCAUCAGUUGAACAUUAAAUACCAACACGUAAAACACGAACAUUAUAUCAAUAAACUUCAUGGUAAAUAUGACUACGGUACCAGUUAUGGUGUCGGACACGUAGUGAGUUACUUGGAUUACUACAAGAAAUUCCAUGGAUUCAAAAUCAGUCACAACCGAUUUUCAUACGGAGGAAAAGCAUACGCACUAAAAUGUGGACUACAAAAUUUUUACAAUUCAUGGAGUAAUUGCUGGUCUAGUUAUCAUAGAAGGAGUGUCUGUUUUGGGCGACUCAUGAAGAACAAUCUCUUCGAAUUAUAUUCCGGAGAUUACGGCGUUGGCUACGCUCCUAAAACAGUGGUUGUGAAGACGGCAGCAUAUGGUGAUGAUUCCCAUUACUGAUUACAAAGAAGGCGGAGUAUCUUGUAUUUAUAGUGAACAAUAAAGGAAUUAAACUGA